AGACGCGCGAUGAAAGAAGUUAGUUUUCUUUUGCAAUGGCAUGGCUUUAUUACGGUAGAUGUUACUAUAAUUUGCGAAUUGAAGACAUUUUACACCAUGCAGAGAACAUCAAACACAUUUGAGACCCCAAUAUUGAGCCAUACCCAGCCGCAAAACUGUGACGAGGCGACCAGUAUGGACAGUCUUACAAGCUAACGAGUAACUUUUUUCAUUGCUCUCUAUGUCUCGUGAAGUAUAGUCUGCCUGGAAUGGUGUCAUGUAUCUGACUGGUGCGCGGAGUCUGGCUAAGACGUUGUAUGUCGCGCCAGCCGGCCACCGCUGCCGUCUUGCUGGGAUGGAGCCACAGCCGAAGCCGACCGAUCAAUCCGUCGCCCAGCCGGGUCUGCCGUGCUCGGCUCGCCCCAUCGAUCGCGCGAUGCGGUGUGACGUCACCCGCGCUUGCGCCGCCCCGAGGUCCGACUGCGGUUCACGUGCGCAGACCAGAGGAUCGCCGGCGGAGGCCAUGUGCGACCGGCGAGCCCGCCGAUAGCGCGGACCACGAGGAAAUGCCGGAAACGCAGCGGCGCGUGCCGGCUUCCCUCGGCCGAUCUGGGUCACCCGAGGGACCAGGCGGCUUUCGCUCUCACCGCCGGCGGGUCGGCAGCGACAGUCGACAGCUGCUGCGCGCGGGACUCGUCGGCGCGCCGUGACCCGGGACGGACGAUGUUCACCAGCAACACGGACGGCGCGGCCGAGGUGGCCGAGCCCUCGCGCACCGAGCUGUACCCGGCCGAGCCAGCGGCCGACUCGGCGCUCCUGGACGACGACACGUCGGACGACGUCGAGCCCGAGAAGCCCGAGAAGCCGUCCCCGGACCCCGGCGUGCCGGACGGCCCCGUUGUCCGACUCAGGCAGCCGUGCGCGGCCAGCCCGGCGCGGACUGGCGAGCCGCUGCUCGACGUCAACGGACGGCGGCCCGACGCCCACCGCAAGUUCCUGGUUGAGGUGCGGCUCGACGAGGAGCCCAAGAAGACGCUCACCCACUGGGACGUGUGCCACUUCAGCGCGCUUCCCAAGUGGCUGCAGGACAACGACUACCUGAUCCACGGGCACAGGCCUCCGCUGCCUUCGUUCCGCGCCUGUGCGCUGUCAGUGUUCCGCGUGCACACCGAGACUGGCAACAUCUGGUCGCACCUGCUCGGCUCGCUGGCGUUCGCCACUACGGGCGCGCUCUUCCUGUGGCGGCACAAUCUGCCGCUCGCGGAGCAGGCCGUGUUCGCAGCCUUCUUCUUCUGCGUGUUCCUCUGCUUCUUCACGUCCACGAUGUACCACACCAUGCACUGCCACUCGGAGCACAUUGGCAAGUUCUUCAGCCGACUCGACUACUGCGGAAUCGUGAGCAUCGUGGCCGGCUGCUUCACGCCCUGGAUCCACUUCCUCUUCUGGUGCGAGCCGCGCACCAAGCUAUUCUACCUUCUGCUGGGCUACGCCCUGUGCGUGAUCACCAUCAAUCUGACCAUGUGGGAGAAGUUCGGCCGGCCGCACUUUCGGCUGCUCCGGGCCACAGUCUUCACGGGCCUGGCCGUCAGCUGUUCACUACUUCCCGGCGUGCACUUCGUGGCAGUACAUGGCCUUCACCUGGCCUUCUUCGAGCUCGCCUACGGCUGGCUCCUGGCCAUGUCGCUGGUGGCACUCAUCGGCGUGGCGCUGUACGCGUUGCGCGUGCCCGAGCGCUACUUCCCGGGCCGCUGCGACAUCCUCUUCCACAGCCACCAGUUCUUCCACCUGGCCGUCAUCGUGGGCGCCUACAUCCACCUGCGCUGCCUGUGCGUCAUGGCGCUGUACCGGCACUCGGCCAUCGGUGCCCAGUGCCACGCCUGACCAUAUCCCGCAAGCAAUAGCGAGCUUCUGUGAUACCGGGACGACGCCUCACACACGUGCCGGAGGGCCUCCCCUACAGCGCACCACUAGGACAGACAGAGGGACUAUUUUGCAUACUUUUAUAUUCCCCGCCGGCCUACCCCUGCUGUGCGUAGACGGUGCAUCCUCGCCGCUCGCCGAGUUCGGUUUCGCACGCCCUCCUUCUCUCACCAUGCGCGGUUUUGUGCGAGCAGGUGCACACGGUAAGACCUGUCGCUCCCUCCGCUCACGCCUCCGCCCGUGCACUCAGCCGGGGCCCGUUCUUCGUUCAGUGCCCCUGCAGCAUGCGGCCCUGAGCGACGAAGGCCCCGACAGGAAGCCGGGCGUCGUCACAUCCCAAGUGCCCGCUGGCGUCGGAGGGGUACCUUUCGAAUGCAACUUUACCAAUGUGCCCCUCGACAGGAUCUUUUUUGCUAUCUGAAACCACAGUGCCGCGACGUUGACUUGGGUUACUCUGUCCCUUGCUGGAUGUCCUGAGUGCCGCUAAUCUCGUGCCCUCGUUCUGUACUAUAUACUUUGCUCUUUGCACCUCAAAGCAUCUCUAACUUCUCGCGUAGUUUUUCAAACUUCAUGAGAAAAGAAAAAUGAAAGUGAGAGCGUAGAGCAGACGUAGAUUAGAGUAAGAAUUCUAUAGGGAGCAUUUCCAAUAACACAUAAACUGCGAGUCACAUCUUUAAGCACAGACACUGGGCAUCUCAAGCAGCCCAUGGCUGGAUUUCUAACCAGCGAGCUUACAGCGUGCGUAACAAAGGUGACGACACUGUUGAGAUACGCUUGCACACCCUGUCGUCCCCUCGGUUGCGCAGAUUACAUGCACAGCUGAGAAUUCGCGCCGUCGCUUGCACAAUCUGUCACUUGACCUGCUUUAUGCAAAAUGUCUUUCUUUCCGUUCGAGGAAGACAUUAAUACUCACGCAUGAACUGAAGACAGCGCAAACUGUAACAGCGAUUCCUGAACCGUUUUGGUGUGCUUUGUCGACAGCGAAAACCUUGACCAUAACCUUUACCUUCCCAACCCUCUCUCGGCGACACUUGCAUCAACCCUCUAGCAAUUUUACUGCCCGCUCGGGCGUUUGUACAGUUAGGGUUCCGACUGCCUAUGUACAGUACAAAAUGUCACAUAUACUUAAAAUUUACAUUUUAUCCCGUAAGGGACCGCGAGUGAGCGAAAGUGACUGCAUGCAUGCCGACCAAGUGCGCUCGAGAACUUUCUAAAAGAAAAAAAAAUAGAAUGUCGCCUUUGAAUGACUGUGCAAACAAAACAUCUAGCAGUAUUUUUAACCUUGCCUUUCCUCUAUAUCACUCUCUAGCAAUUUCCCACGAUAAGCCCAUAUCCUGAGGAAAAACUCAGGCAGCUCGGUUGUCGACUUCCGGCUGUGCACUGCACAGAGCAUGGCACAGAGCAUAGCAAGAAGCGGCUCGAUCAGUACCGCUCGCUGGGAGCAGGCAUGCUUUCUUCCUAUCGGGACGCAAAACGCGCACAGGAUACUUACAGGUCGUUAGUCGCAUAAUUCCGGAUAGCGUGUUCUUCAUCUAGGUCUUUCACCUCCUAUUUUUUUAUCACAACAACGAAGGUGAGAUAUCUCUAUAUGUCCGUCUACGGCGGGCGUAACAUCGCGCCGUAAGCUUCCGCAUGUAGGUAUACUAGAUUCUCGCCAAGCCAGAAAGCACGAGAUGUCGGUAAUUCGACAAGCAUAGCGUAGUGAUUCAAUGCAAUUAUUCCUCAUAGACAAGCAGUGCGCCUUGGCUGAUAAAUAGUGCGCUAAGGGCGCUGUCCAAACGAAUAGUUUUUCAAAGCUGACGAGUAAUUUGAGCGGUGGAGAAAGCAAAAAAAAAGUGAAACACGCGAACUCUCUUAGGUACUUACUCUUCAGCACACUCGCCAUGGAGGCUCCGAGUCCACUAAGGCAGGAACCACAGUGAAGUGGCGCUCUAGACAACAAUCGAGGUGCUUCACGGGUGCAAUGCAAUGUUUUCGCCCCUAGGUGUUACAGCGGCGCGUUGCGUAUCGAACGAUAAGGGCUACACUCUAUGACCACGCUUCAUUUCGCGCACCAGCGCCCUCCUCUUUCAAUCAAGAAGUAUCGCGUAGCGGUUCGACCAACGGGCACAAAGUGGCACUCCAUUUGUACAUAGGUCCGCGUAUAGGCUGCUUCGCCGCUUAUUUGUUGCUCUUUUCUUUCUUUAUUUGUUUUCACGCGUUUCUGCUAUACUCUUUGUUAGCGUUUGGACGUGUAAAAGAAAUGGCAUGCACUCAUGCAAAUCACGGGCUGGUGGCUUGCCGUGCCACCGGAGGAUGCAACGCGGGUCGCACUCCUGAAAAAUGGAAAGGGAAAAAAAAAAGAGAAGCCCGCGCAGUACUCUCUUGAGUUACCCACUUGUCUCAUAUAAUGCUGCUUUCGGUGCGAAACUUAGCUUCCCCGAGUAUAUAGAACAGACCAGGAGUGUGCUCGCAGAGUCGACUACGCCUCCGACUGUUCGCCAGUGAUGUUCUUUUGGCCACGUCACACUCAAUGCGGAGUCAGGUUUCAAACCACCGAGUGUGCGAGCUGGGCGACGCGGAGGGAACUGCGCACGCCACCACACGGGCGCCUUUCAUUCGAGCGUUGGCGCUAGAGGUCUCCGCAUGGUUGCACUCUCUCCUCACAGUUCUCUAGUCAGGCAUGAGCGAUAUGCACGGAUCUAAAGAGCGCCGCCUUCGUGUGCUAUAAGCUAUGUUACGGCGUUUUGGUGCGCACGCUGGUGUCCGCCCGAAGCAAAGCAAAGUGAAAGGUGGCAUCGCACCUCUACCGGCACGCGUCAGGCCGAGUACCCGCCAAUGUCGGAAGAUGCCACGAUUGUUGGCCUUCGUGCGAUCGCCUUGGCACCUUUCCUGGCUCCGGUCGACGCAGCAGCACAGGCGCACAAUCCGGAUCACUUCGCGCAUACUCACGUUUGUGCGCACAGACUCGUGCGCCUGCUUCGAGCGUGAUCAGGCUAAGCGAAAGAUCUCUGUUGUCGCACCACCAUAACAUGCGCCCGGCGCAAAUUUAAUGAGGAUGUGGCUUGUUUAUUUUUUUUGUUUUUUUUUCAAAGCCACGACGCCACUUUUGCGGUCUAAAAUAUUAAGGUGCGUGUAGUGUUUCCCUCUCAAUAAAAUGUUUGCGUCUAACGCACACUAUUCCCACUACACCCAAAUAAUAUUCAGCUACAACGUGCAACGACACAAAAGUGCAAUAAUGAAGGUAAAAUCAAAUCAAUGCUUGGAAAGAACUGGCGGGUGAAAUAGCGAACUGUCCGCACUCGCUAGCGCUGCGCACUAAGGCAGAUAGGCGGCGUCUGUGGAGGAACUGUUUUGAAUACCGCUGAUCGUUUGGUGCGAGCCUCCGAAGACGGCACCAGAGACGACUGUUUGCUGUAGCGUGUUAAGUUAAUAAAGGUAUUAAGUAAAUAAAGGCAAACGGUUUGCACCUUUCGCCUUUAUAUAUUUCGGUUUUUUUAGCCGCAACGCACAGACAAUUUAGCGGCCUUAACUACAGAGCUAUUGCAUUGGCGCCACCUCCGAUAAGUUUGUAGACAGUACUACUACACAGCUUGCACGUCUUCACAUUUGAACCCUUCCCGCCAGCCACCCUCAAGAAAAGAAAUCGGUAGCUUACAUUGAAGGAUUUGCGCACCACGAGCGCCUCUCUCCCUUUUGCAUUUUUUUGUUUAUUUGUCGAAGCGUCUUAUUACCGCUCCACUUAUACCGUUCAUAGUGCGCGAGCAGCAAUAACUUGGCGUUUUUGUUGUCUCUGCCAAGGGCAGAUAUUCAACUUAAAGACACCAAUUAUCGAAUUGCUCCACAGAGCACGACGACCAUGGUAGUCGUUGGAAAUUAGCGCCUUCUCUGUGUUCAUGCACACGUUCGUGUGUACUGGUUGAUUGUAGUCCGCCUUCAAAUGUUACCAUGUCGCGAUGCGGACCUCGACAUUUUGAACUCGUAGUUCAACAGCCUUUAAUUUUUUUUUUUACAUCCAGAAAGUUGCAAAACGGCCCGUACGACUUGAAUCGCCAAAAUUAUUCAUUUUGCCGAUCCCAAUCCAGCAAUGUCGCUAUGCGUCGACUGCUUAAAAAGCGUUAUCGAGUGCACAAUUCUGAAUACUGUGAGAGGACGAGCAUACCUAAUCGAUAUCUGAACUAAACUAAGGCAUUUGAGAAUAAUAUUUUAUCGAACAUAACUGUAAGGAUAUGAUCUUGUGUAGGUAUUGGAAGGUAGCCAAUAAAAAAGAAAAACCUCGGCAAUCUCAGUUGUAAUCAUCACUUGAGUUGUGAACAAAUGAUCCCGUUCAUGUUUUUUUAACGAUUAUUAUGAGGCAUUAGCGCUCCCAUUAACGUUUGUGCUCGAAUUCCGUCCUUUAUAGUUACGAAUAAAAAAUAAUUUCCCCCUAAUAAUAUACAAUAAGUGAGCGCGAGCAGAGACAUCACACACGGCUUACAAUAGGUUGUCACGGCUAAGUACACGCAGGCAAACUUCAGCUGAUAGCCCGUGAAUGAAUACAUUCUUGUUACUCUCGGGUCAGUGUUGCGCUUUUCUGAAUGUAGAAACGUUCAGGGCGUUUGUUAGACCACUACAUUCACCUGAACGUCCGUGAUUCAUUGUGUUUGGAGAGAAAGUGAGCACAGAUAGCCCCACUGGCCUCGCGUUUCACGCACGGAGAUUGUCGCGCGCAGCCUGUUGUGCCCCGCCGACACUGUUGCGUUCUCUUUCACCACGCAGAUGUUUGAGGUGUCGCGCCAAUGCAUCGUCAUCAAAGACCAAUAAAGCGAAUUAAAAAGGAGAAAAAAAACAAUGCAGAACGGACUCUGUACUUGUCUUUUCCUGUGUCUAUUCUAAUUUGAUACUGCCAGCCGGUAUAAUGAAAGUCCGACCAUCUUGGCUUGGAUGGGAGGCAGUCGAGCUCUACAACAGUUCUGAUGACACGACGUUUCGCAGACUUCUUGACCUUCAUUUCUCCAGUCGAUUAGAAGCUACGAAUCUUCUCGAAGACCGCAGGUGAUAUUUCGCCAAGUGCGUACACCGUCAUUAGACAGGCUGUCUCAGGAGCCGCAUACACCGCGGCUGGAGUUACACUUAGUUAUCCACACCGGAAAAGUGACCUCGUAAGUUAUCUGACGUCAAUGCACGACAGUGACCAGAACAAGCAGCGUCCGUGGCGUAGCAUCUCCUCCUUCACGCCGGCCGUUCUGUCAUUAGAGAGCUUUAAAUUAGGGAGACUCAACGCUUGCGUCCCUCUAAUCUAAAGCUCUCAAUUACUUUAAAGGAAUUGAGAUCUUUUUUUUGCUUUUGCUUUUCUGUUUCUCACGCACGAGCGGCUCACAGGUUCUUCUGACGAGAUCCCACCUGCUCUGAGUGAUCGCCCCUCGUGGCCGAAGGUUCGUGGAGGGACUGCUGUCCACGCAGUCCAUGGACGGGCGGAAAGCAGCAUGGAGGUUCUUCCCGGCAUGCUGGUGACGAUUCUAUACAGCCAUGCAUGCCCGCUCUGCCUGUUGACUGGAGUGGGUGCCGCGCCGUGAGUCACUGCUCCAGUACACAGCAACGUGGAGGUCGCCGUGGUGGCGACUUGCAAAUUGACACGUGCGCAAGGGCUCUUCCUCGUCGGCUGCGCACAAGGAUGCCUGCGGAACCGGUGUGCUCCUGGCCACCACCCCACUCAAAGCCCCGCAGCGGAAGGAACUAGACAGAUGCUUCCGGCGUGGCUGUCGUGUACUUUCCCGUCGGUACACGCGACUCGCGUCCGACAUAAGCCGCGCCGUUCAAGAGGACGGGAAAAAUGCGCCGUGUUACGAAACGUAUUACGAGAACGAGAUUGUAGGUCCGUUAAGCUGUCAAAUGAGCCUCAGAAUUGACUUGUUCCUUUAUUCGAACAAUGUGGUUUCUUUUUUUAACUUCGCUAAGAGACCGGUCGCCUUUUAUCGGCUUUUUUUUUUUUUGCUUUCCCGCCAGUUGAAGCUAUUGUCAAAUGUCAAGCGCAAGGCACUGUGACAGGUGUUCGGCGAACGCAGUGUUCGAUCGACGCUUUGAGAAAACGGGCAAAGCCAACAUCAUAGGAGAAGAUGCUUUUAUGUGGCAAGAUAAAUUUCUUAUACUCUAAACCGAUGAAAGACAUCAGAAAGGGUGAAGUAACUUAGGGUCCUGCUACUUAAUGACACAAUAUAUACUCUCAGCACCUCUUGGCAUUCAUUUUUUUACGAUGUUCACUUAUUGAGCAUGCGUAUAUACCUAAGCACUGGCAAAAUAUUUGCGAACUCAUAGAAACACCAAGAGUGAAAGUAAAAUUAUAUUUGCGUGUUUUCCGUUUUUCUUUUUUUUUCUUUAACACACUCAAUGGUAGAAGAUUACAUAGAAUAGCAGAUGAUAGAACACUUCACGUGGUAUAGCAAAGAACAAGAUUACCACCAAAACUAAAACGUACAUGAUCGAUCAGCCAAAUGAUAUUCACGGAGGGAAAAAAAGAUACUUUGAAUAAAAGAAGCAAGCAACAAACAUAUACAAGCUUUAAAAAAAGUGAGAGACACGCGACACAGACGUCUACUGUGUCUCGUGCUUUCCUUAAAAAAAGAUGCCGGCGAACCAAAGGUUUGAAUGCCCAAUGCAGCCUGAACGUGAACUCCUUCAGACGAGACCCAGUCCUAUUGACUUUGCCCCAUCUGUUACUACUGCCAGUCCUCGAGUCUGAAUAGAAGGACGCGGAGAAUACGGGACGCGUGAAUUGCAAUAUCUUCGGAUGGAAUUCAGCCCGAAAAGUCAGAAUCGGGACUACCUUCAAAUAUUGAAUGUAACUUAUUGAAUAUUCUUCUCUUUCUAAGGAGCAGAGAAAAAUAGCGGACGGAUAGAAAUAGCUUCAAAGUCACUUGUAUCUCUGCCAUUUGAAAGUGGGCGGAGGGGGUAAGGAAAUAGCGCUCAAAUAUGCAGCAUGUGAAUCCACAUAUAGUGAGAGGUCACGCCACUGUCUGUAGGACCCCCACACUGGCAUUAAUUAGGCAACAAAACUUAACACCAACGACGCCCGUAUGCAUAGGUUCUGUGGGCAUACAAGUUUCAAAUUAGAAACCAGAUACCAAACCACAGCCUCGCACCUAAAGAGGUUUGUUCACUUCUCCCUAAUAUUCGCCACCUAAGAAACAAGAAUAAACUUCGCAUAAAUUCAGCGUGAACAAAGGUGUGGACUCAAUUCGUGUUCGCGGCGACCGUAUUCAAACAGAGGCCGUAUGCAAACAGGCUCGUGUACUUAGAUGAAGGUUUACGUAAAAGAAACUCUGGUGGUCAUAGUCCGGAGAACUCCACUUCGGCGUAUGCCAUGACCAAAGUGUGCCCCUGAAGCUCUAAACUUCUAAGCGCUGCGGUGCCACUUUUCUGCACAAGCUUACGCUGAGGGUGGCAUUCAAAUAGAUGUAAAAGGUAGAAAUGCUUUUAUGAGCCAACCUCUGGACUGAGUUGAAUAAAUUAUGUUGCAUUUCAGAGAGAAAGUUAAAUUCUAGUGACUCUAGGGAAGCAGAAUUUUGAUUCAGGGCCUGAAAUUGUUGGAAAGAAUUCCUGAACAGCUGUAAAUUUAAAAAAAAAACAUUGAAACACGACGUUUACAAAUCUAACUCUGCGCCUGAAACAGGCAUAACUGUUCUCUAGGGAACAUCCGUCAGAGCAUCUAAAGUGCACAAAUGUUACAUACAAAUUUACAGCUUACGUGACUACUUUCAUUGUUUACAGAGGUUCUGCAAAAGCCCUACUGAAAGUUUAGUCGUAUAUUUCAGAGUGGUUUAUAAUUAUAAAUUUUGCCCGUUUUAGAUGUAUUUUAGGUGGAGUUUACAGAAUUGUGAUUUCGUUGUUGAGUUGCAGUAAGAUUCAUAGUUUUUUUUUUCAGCAAUUUUUCUAGAAAGUUGACCGCCUGAAUAAAGAAAUCCCCUGUCUGCAGUCUCUA